AUGUCUUCAAAAUUUCAGCCAAAAGAAGGAAUGUUUGCCCUGGAGCAUUCAUUUAUGGUGGGCGGAUUUUCACCAACGUCCAGAUGGGGUAUUGGCGUGAGAAGAGAGUCGAUAUGCCAGCCCAGAGCAGCCACAAUGACGGCGCAUCAGUAUCAACGGGUUUUCUCAAAUUUCGGCUCACAUUUUGCAACAGCACUGCGAAGAAACGAAUUCUUGAUCGGAAAGAAAGCGCCCAAGAAGGAGAUUUCAUUAUUUGUCAACGAAUAUGCGCGAAUUCUAUUACGCGUGUCGAAAGAGCAGCCCUCAAUUUACAUACAACGACGAGGCUUUCGCGCGCGAAAAGUAACUUCUGGUUUGCAAUCUCGUAGUGCUGAAAACGAGCCACCAAAAAUCUGGCCAUUCUCCUACUUGUCAGAAAUGGUUGGUUUCCGCAAAAAUGAUGACAAAAAGCCGAGCUUGGACAAAGAAAAGCUGGCAUCCUACGAAAGUGAAUUAAAGAAAGUCCAACCUGAUCAGCAAAAGGUUUUCAUGGACGCUUAUGUGAAAGGCCUCUUGACAAGUCGGAAAGGAUCAUCAAAUGAGCAAGCACCAAAAAGAACCUCAAACCUUGCCCGAGUCUACAUUUUGGUCCUUAGCUUUGCACUGUUGUACACGUUGUUAGGAGGCGAGAAUAAGGGCAGUUCUCCGUUGUCGUUCAUUUUCAAUGCGCCACAAGAAGUAAAACCGGAAGAUGUACAAGUGACGUUUGAGGAUGUCAAAGGGAUGGAUGAAGCAAAGGUUGAAGUCGAAGAAAUAGUGUCCUACUUGAGGGAUCCGGAAAGAUAUUCACGAUUAGGUGGACGAUUACCAAAGGGGGUCCUUUUGGUCGGCUCUCCAGGAACUGGAAAAACUCUACUUGCCAGAGCAAUUGCCGGUGAAGCCCAGGUACCCUUCUUUCACACAUCUGGAUCUGAAUUUGACGAAGUUCUUGUUGGACAAGGUGCACGACGUGUACGAGAUCUCUUUGAACGGGCUAAGGGACGGGCUCCAUGUAUCAUUUUCAUCGAUGAAAUUGACUCCGUUGGUUCUAAACGUGUAUCCAAUUCGAUUCAUCCGUAUGCAAAUCAGACCAUCAAUCAACUUCUCAGUGAAAUGGACGGUUUCAACAGAAAUGAGGGAAUUAUUGUGAUUGCAGCUACAAACCGUGUUGAAGAUCUUGAUAAGGCUCUCUUGAGACCUGGUCGCUUUGAUGUCCGUGUCACCGUUUCAAAACCCGAUCUCCAAGGCCGUAAAGAUAUCUUUUCCCACUAUUUGCGCAAAAUAGUGCAUGCGAGUUCAAUUGAAGUCCAAACCUUGGCAAAGGGAACCACUGGUUUCACUGGAGCUGAUAUUGAAAAUAUGGUUAACCAAGCAGCUCUAAAGGCGGCCACUGAAAAUUGCACCGAAGUGGCAAUGCAUCAUUUAGACGAGGCUCGCGACAGAGUUUUGAUGGGUCCCGCUCGAGUCGCUGGACGUAUUCCGGACGAAGAGGCAAACAAAAGCACAGCAUAUCAUGAAGCCGGGCACACCCUUGUUGGAAUGAUGACAAAAGAUUCGACCCCAUUGCACAAGGUCACAAUAAUUCCACGUGGUUCUUCUAUGGGACACACAGCCUUAUUGCCCGAUAAAGAUUCUUAUCAAAUGACAAAAGCACAAUUGUAUGCUCAACUAGAUAUGAUGAUGGGUGGACGAGUUGCUGAGGAACUGGUAUUUGGAUCUGACAAGGUUACAACUGGUGCAGCCGAUGAUCUCAAAAAGGCCUCAAUGUUGGCUCUACAAAUGGUUAAACAAUUUGGUUUUUCGGAUAAGGUUGGUUUGCGAGAUUUUUCCGUCAGCGAUUCGGAUUCUUCAAUUGUCAAGGUGAAUGAUCUCAGCCCUCACACAAAUGAGACUAUCGACCAAGAAAUCAAUCGGAUUUUGAAAGAAAGCUACGAGCGUGCAAAGGAGAUUUUGACAAAACAUAAGAAAGAGCACCAAGCACUUGCUGAAGCCCUACUUGAAUAUGAAACUUUGUCUGCGGAAGAGGUAAAAGAUGUUGUGGCUGGUAAAAAACUAAAACGACCAACACCGGCGGUUGUGAAACGAAGCAAUAAUGAAGGCCGAAAGAAACACUCGUUUGUACAAAUUCACAUUAUGGACGGUGGUUUGAAAAACGAGGAUAGUCCCACCAGGAGCUGUCCUAGAUGUCCAAAACCUAGAAUU